AUGAGAGGACUUAUACUAUUUAUCAUCUUAGCCAUCUUUUUCAAACAUCUUCAUGUACUCGCUUCUUCGGAUGAACGAGAUGAGAAGCCAGCAGAAGAACAACAUAAAAUCAUUAAUGAUUCAUUAAGUCAAUUAAAUCAUGUUUUAGCUGAAGGUAGAAGAAGACAAGCAAAUCAUGCAAAUAUUGGAAAGACAAGUGAAAAGAAUGCUGAAGUAGCACUGAAAAAGAUCAAUGCACUAGGUGAAGAAAUGAAAGAAAUAAAAGAAAAAUAUGAUAAACAUAUUGAUAAAUGGACAGCAGAAGGACCGAGUAAGAAUGCUGCAGUACCCAAUAAAGGUGAAAGACCGUUACAUCUAACCGCAAGUCAUAGUAUGCGAGAAGCAAGACAACUUCAUAAACACUGGAUUGACAGCUCAAAUUGGCCUUCACCGAAAUGGAGUAAAGAUCGUAUCGCUCAUCAACAUGCUUCUGCAAAAGAAGUUUCAAGUAUUGCAAUUUCGCAAAUGCACACAUCACAAGUAAAAGAAAAGAAACGUAGAGCAUCUAUUAGCUAG